UCGGUGGCUCAUCGGGGUUUCCUCCAUGUUCUCCCCUGGAAGAUGGUGUUUCAUCGGCUCUUUCAUGUGCAAAGUGAAACGUUUCAUCGCGACCGUCCGAGGAGCCCGGCGCGCCCGCCGUGAGCCGUGCGAGUCUCUGCCGGAGCGUUGAUUUCGAUCCCCUGUGAACGAGGAGCUUCUCAAACAUUGUGAACAUUUACGAAAUCUGUUGAGCGAACAUUUGCGGAUCGUGCGGCGCGGGCGCGGGUCUCGGGAUUCGGCCGUCUCUCGCAGGAUGCUCACGGUAAACGAUCCCGGAUCAGGAUUAGGCUACGUCUUAUCAGCUUGCGUCCUCCUCGCCUCCUUCAACUCCCCCGCCUACGGAACAGAGGACCCAGAAGCGCACAAUCUGCGACACCAACGGUUGCAGCCGGAAUUCGCUGGCCCUAUUGAUAACCUUACAGUUCCAGUCGGCAAAGAAGUCUCUCUAAGUUGCGUUGUGAACAAUUUGGGCGAGCAUAAGGUUGGCUGGCUCAGGUCGAGGGACCAGACGAUUCUGACCCUGCACACGCGGGUGGUGACUCACAGCCCUCGCAUCUCGAUAUCUUUCGACAACCACAGGACGUUCACUCUCCACAUCAGCCGCGUGAAGGAGUCCGAUAAAGGCUGCUACAUGUGCCAAGUCAACACGCCCGAGAUGAAGAAACAGAGCGGAUGCAUCGAUGUUCACGUUCCGCCUGAUAUCAUUUCUGAAUACUCGAGCUCAGAUACAGCUGUCAACGAAGGCGACAACGUGACUUUAAGCUGUCAUGCAACAGGUCAUCCUCAGCCUAUUGUGACAUGGCGACGUGAAAAUGGAGAGCCUAUGCUUAUCCGGAAAAAUGUCCGAGACCUCACCUUAGUGGACGUACACAGAGGAAAAACAUUAUUCUUGUGGAAAGUGGAUCGUAGACAAAUGGGAGCAUACCUAUGCAUAGCUGCCAAUGAAGUUCCACCAGCUGUUAGUAAAAGAGUAAUUGUUAGCGUCAACUUUCAACCAACUAUAGUUAUACCAAAUCAAUUAGUCGGAUCUCCACUCGGGAAAGAGGUUCAUUUAGAAUGUUACGCCGAGGCUUAUCCAAAAACAAUAAAUUAUUGGGUUAAAAAUCGGGGAGAGAUCCUCCUGGAGGGCACCGAAAAUGCGGUUGUGCCAGUAGAAGUUAUUUCAAGUUCUGAUUCCAGGGCGAAGUACACGAUACAGGAAAAUCGAUCGGUGUAUAAGGUGUACAUGAGUCUUUUCAUAAAAGAUUUCAACAUGAGUGAUGUCGGCACAUACAAUUGCGUCGCAACUAACUCACUAGGAAGGGCGGAAGCCACGAUCAGACUGUACAAUCUGACGGGGGCUGGCGGGAGUGGUCAAGAUCACCCAGAAGAUUCAGAAAACUCAGCCAGGUGUUCGAAACAUUCGAUACGACCGUUCUUGCUCAUCCUUUGUCUUCUCUACGUUUCGAGGUUUUUGAGCAGCAGAUGAGACAUCCUGCAAUUCGCUCCUGUACUAUAUAAGCAUCUCUGUCAUCAGGGUUUUCCGUAAUUUCGUCCGGGCCCGGUCAUGGCAUUAUCAAAUGGACGAUUUCAAAGCAAAAGAGACUGUAUCCAUUCUGACUAGGGCAGUUUGGCCCUGGGAUUCAAAAGAAGACGUGUGUGAGACAGGACUCAUAUCACAAUUAUGAAUAAUGCGUUGAAUGCUCUAUGUAUUCGGCGUCGUUAUGCUAGGCCUAACAUUGGUGCUGAUAUGAUAGGGAUCCGGAAAGCGCAGAAUUGGUAGCAGCAUUAGGAUAUAGAUUGGAUCGAGUCAGUGACGCACAGAAAGGCGCACUGUUAAAAAUUAGUCGAAUCUGAAGUUAACUCGGGAAGCAAUAAAAUAAUUAUAUUAACUUCCAUUGCGAACGCACACAUCCCUCAUCGAAGCAGAUUGACCCCACGAAUUAACAAAAGAUACGAUGAAAUUAGAAUAUUUUUGACUUUGUUUUGCAAUUAAAAAUUAUAAUUUUUGGAUCAUCCUUGAAACACUUAUGUGUAUUGAGAAACAAAUGGUACAUACGUUGUUUCUAAACUGAGCCAGAAAUUGUAGUUCCGAAUUGCAAAGUAGGGUCCAUUUGUGGAAAAGUCAAGCAAAAAGCAAAAUAUGAUUAAAGUUGAAAUCACAGCUUAAAGGGAUUUUUUCUGUAUAGUUUAUGGCAACAUGAGCACCCAAAAAUUUCAAAAAAUCGACUUUUUAGCUGCAGUUGAAAGUUUGAGGAUGGAAUACGGAAAAUCCGAGAAAAACUCUAUCGAAGAUUGUCAUAACUGUUGCCAAAUUUUAGAAUGAUUCAGCUCAAACGCCCAUUUCAACAUUGAAAACGCGAAUAAUGGCUUGAAACUCUGACUUUGAAAGGUGUCUGGUAGGCAUGUUGCGAAAGCGCAAUUGAGGCAAAGGAUACAAGAUAGACACUUUUAAACUUCCAUGUUUUACGAUCUUUUUUUGGAAUUUUCUCCUUUUUAGAGAAUCAAAAAUAUUUUCCGUUACUUAAUAAUUUUUGUGAAUAUACUACCCAGCUUUAAGACAUAAGGAAGAACACUCAAGCAAUGGACCUCUAGACUAGGUGAGAAAUAAAAAUAAAAAUCCAUACAUAUCUUGGACAUUUCAUGCACAAUACGGUAAGCGCAUUGAGCAUCUCAAAUUCAAUUUGUUUGAGAGAAAUUAGCAUUUUCCGCGUUUUUACGCUCAAAAAGAAACCAAAGUUUUUUACUCUUACAUUCUCACUCUGUUUAGUAGUGCAUUUUAAAGUACCUGAUUAAUAUCAUAUAUUCCACGAUUUAAAUUCCUUUAAUUUUCGUUUAGACUUGGUUAUAGGCUGUUGAUGUUGCAACAUUCAUGUUCGAAUCUAUGAGUCUAAGGAAGUUAAACAUUUGGCCUGAAGCCUAAGUCGCCCAUGUAAGUGUAACAAAGAGUAAAACUUUGGAGAAAUAUUUAAAACUAGGGGUGCGCCCUCUGACCGUUUCACGGCCAAGCACUCCGAAGUGAUUCACGCAUCAAGCGUUAUGCGGUACUCUAAUGAUUUUACAUUAUAGAGUAAGAAAGAUAGGAAGAAGAAGACACCCUCCUGAUAAACAUGUUUUUGGGGACCAGUACCAUGGGCUUGUAUCCUCAAUAUCAUUAACUCCAAUUAUGCUGAUACCAGUGUAAUCCUGCCAGAUUUGCCGUCAUGGGUGAGAUCUUUUGAGGGAUUUUCCCCUUCAACCAACUUUUAAAAACUUCCUACUUCUAUUAUUUUUCUUUGGUAACUUGAUUUACUUUAAGUGAAAUAAACUUAAAUGUGAUAUGUGUUAUUCGUGAUAAAUAUUUAAUGAUUAAUUUUAUCGUGUGUUACUUUACCGGGUCUUUUUUAUUACAUUGUGGGGAUAGAGACUUAGAUAUAAUAUGAAUAAAUUUACUACGAAAAUGUAGGGGCUCGAAAUGACGUUCAAUGCAGUUAAAUAGAAAGCAUAAUACUUUUAGGUGGAAAACAUGUUUCUGUAAGUAGAGCAUUUUCGGACUAAAUUUUUCAGUUUCUAAUUGAACUGGUCAUGUAACUUUCAUCUCGAAAUUUUCUUAAUACGUCUUCAUAUCGUGAUGAAUUUUGAAAUAUUCAAAUUGUAAAUAAAUCUCUGUUAUUAUUAAA